AUGUCGGAUCACAGCGCAAAACGGCAACGUUUGGACUCGAUAGGAAGAUUCUCACCCGCCAGCCCGCCCUUUGACGUCGCUGCCAAGGCGAGCGGCCAGCCGACAAAGACGCCCAUCCACCCUCGCACGCCCACCUCACCGCCCUACUCCUCGAUGAAUUCGCAAUCUCAUGGAGGUUUCGCCCCGACUAACUCGACGGCGUCGUCGGACCGCUCCCCGCAGUCCUCGCUGCCAAUGUCUCACUCCCUCUCACAGUCGGCAACAUCGGCAUCGAACCAACAUCCCUUUCCCACCCCGGCGAGCACUGCAGGCUUCAUGUCCAGUGCCAACAUCGAUAGCGAUGGUGAUGCGACGAUGGAAGAGAGCCUAGACGAUGACACUACACGGUUGGCUGAUCACAGGCUGUCCAACCACAACCGGCAAGGGGAAUCACCAUACACCGAAGACGGCCGACUACGAGCUGCCCAAGGCAUCAGCGGCAGCCAAUUGUUCAAACUCAACAACGACAAGUUGGAGACAGCGCGGCCGCACCCCUCGGAAAAUUUCAUUACACUAUAUAGGCUCACGCCGCUCGCCAGUUCAGUAGCGCGCAAUGACCCGGUAACAGGCGAGAAGAUUAACAAGCUUCGCAAGUCCUACGAGGGUCAGAUCAAGAAGAUGCAGAUUGCCGGCAAGCCAAAGGCCACCAAGAUGGACGGUGUCUUCCGGAACCUGCUGCUGAUGCCCGAAGAAAUUUGGCAGUCGCAACACGUGCAGAAUAGAGAGCCUGAGAAGAAGGCAUUGACACCAGACGGUACAGCAUUGAGCUCAGACUUCAGCAGACUGCUCGACGACGCAUUCGCAGGCACUGCACCGGGCACUCUUCCCAGCGCAGAAGCUGCCAAAUACAAGGCCUAUCUCGGUACAGACGAUACAGCAAAGCCAAAACCACAAGACAUACCACCACAGCGAGCAACUUCCUUCACAUCGUCAGCACCGACACCAACCAGCCACAUGAACAGAGGUGCAGUGAGACCGGAGCGCUCUAGCUCAAAGCGCGGCUACACCGACGCCGCAUUCCAAGGCUACGGUGAGGGCUUCGGAGAUGAGUACGCAGACUCAACCGGAGGCGAAGACACACCAGGGGGAAACAUGGCGAACAAGAGACGAAAGCUCCAAUUUGAACGAACAUCACACUCAGUCGAAGUAGGCGGCGCACGACGAUAG